AUGGUGGAGCCCGGCGACGCCGUGAGCCACUACUCCAGCAAGGUUGGCGGCGCCGCCUGGUUUCCGGGCGCCGAUCCGCUGUCGCCCUCCUCGGACGUCUCUUGCGCAGUGUGCGGAGACCCUUUGGCCCUCGUCGUGCAGGCCUACGCCCCGUUGAGCGUGGAACAGGCCGGGGUGUGCCUGCCGGACAGGACCAUGCAUUUGUACGGAUGCGUGAAGGAAGGCUGCGGGAAGCUGCAGGGUAGUUGGAGGGCGUUCAGGGCCCAGUUGGCCCCCGGCGCGGGAGGGCGCGGCCAAGGAAACGCGGAGCGGCGCCACCCGACCACGCCUUCCGGCGGGGCGGCGACUGCGGAUGGACGAGAUGAGGGAUUAGACAGUGGAAAAUCCGCGUCCUUUGGCUUGGGCGGGGCUGGGGGUGACGAUAGAUCGGGUGGGAAAGGCGACGAGCGGACAGAGGACCCGUUUGGUUUUGGUGAUCUUAAUGCCGCAUUGGAUGACUUGACCAAUGGUCACAAGGGGUCAAUGAACCACAAGCAAGAAAACCGCAUAGCGAAGAAGGCCAAAGGACGAUCAUCAGCGGACACGAACAGCGCUGCUGCUGCUGCUGCAGGAUCGUCAACACAGUGUGAGGCUGCGAGUGUGAGUGCAGCACCGACGGUCAUGCUCCCUGAAUUUUUUCUGCCAGCCGUUCCCGAGCCAGGACCAGAGCAUGAAGGGUUUGGCAAGAUGACUGAAGCUGAACGGACGCAUGUUGAUGAAAUUCUGGAGCGAUACAAAGAGACGGCACAAGAGCUCGAAGGGGGCAAAGAAAAGAAGCCCGAACGUGGGGAGAACUGGGCUGGAGAGGUGCAUGAGAAGUGCAGCUCGCGCUGGUCGGAUGGAGGGGCAUUCUGGAGGUUCAAGAAGCGCUUGGACCGUUGUCCAGAGCAGUGUGUGCGAUACAGCUUUGGAGGUGAGUUUCUGAACCCAAGCAACGAUGCCAUCAAGGUUCCAUCAUGUUCAGCUUGUGGAUCCCAGCGCCAUAUGGAGCUCCAGAUUGUGCCAGCAUUGAUUUUUUCAAUUUCGGAGGCUGCCAGCUGGUGCGAUGGCAAGGAAGCACUGGUUGGGAGCCAGGCUGCGGCGGUGUGGGAAUGGGCGACAGUUGCUGUGUACACAUGUUCUCGCAGCUGUGGUGGACAGUCUGGCUCUGUGUCUUAUGCGGAGGAAGUUGCCCAAGUGUGCAUGGAGGACUGA